UGAAACGCACUGUCAAUCAGGGUGCUGUAGCCUGUAGAGUCAUUGUAACUCCUACAUAGUAUCAUUUUCUCAGGUCUGCAACAGAGAUUUGCUGGUUUGGGUUUGUGAACGUAGCUUGUAGCUUGUAGCUUGUAAUGGGGCCAUGCUCAUCGCGUGCGGCGGUGAGAUGAGAAAAGGUGGAGUAUGCGUCUGGCUGAGUACCGUUUUUAAGGUUUCCAUUGAAAACUAUGGAACGUCGUAGUUAUUUUAGAUUCACAUUACAUAUGGAGUUCAACAUUCUCAGGAGAUUCUUGUUUCCACGACUAAACUAAUUAGUCUAGCCUACGACUUUAGUACGCGCUAUUUCCUUUGCUGAGAAUCCGACUCCAUCCAGCCACAGAGGCACCGCCCUCUUUUUUGAUUUAUUAUUGAGGCAUUGUGGCAAGCCUACAGUCACAGUGACCGAAAGGCAAGGCAUAUUUGAUUAAGACUCAUCUUUCAACGCCGAAGUGGACAUCCUGUGUUGAGGAUGUGGUCACUCCUGUUCCUGUUGGGGGCUGUGCUGAAUGUGGAUUGUUAUUACACCACACGUGAGAGGUUAGCGCAUGGCCGUCGGCUUACUAUUAAGAUACCAAAGGAAACUGAGAGGCUUGAAUUCAAACCUGUGGAGGAAGCAUCUAGUGUGGAAAUAAUAUGGAGCCGGACUGGGCUCCAGCCCACUAAGGGUCGGCUGACUGGUAGCAGCUCUUCAUCAAGUUCAUCGGAUAGGCGUUGGGAGCUGCAGAAAGUAGUGUUUGAUGACGAGGGCACUUACGUCCUGAGGGACCACUGGCAUAAGGAAACCAAAUCCAUUCUACUGGCUGUGACAACUGAACACAAGUACAUCAAUCGGGUGGCUGGAGAGGACCUGAACAUCAACCUAGAGGGUAGCAACGAGCAUGAAGCCACCCUGGUGUUCACUGGGGAGGCUGCCAACAUCACCUUGGUACGAGAUGGAGCAGCAGUGGGGAAUGACCUGGCAGACUACGCCGGGCGAGUGAAAAUCAGCUCAUACGCGAUCAUCAUCUCUUACGUGAACACGUCAGAAGUGGGCAGGUACAGGCUGUUUGACAGAAGGGACCGGCUGGUGUCUGUCACCAAAAUGACUCUGGUUGACGCUCAUGAGGACACGGGAAGCAAUCCUCUACUGGCGUUGCUGCUGUUGUUGGGGAUCCCUGCUGGGAUUUGCUGCUGCUGCCGCAAAAAGAUCUUCCGCAAGAAGGCCACCACUACUGCCACUCACAUAGUCCAAGCUGAAGGGCCCCCACCUGGCGGACCACCCUCCUACAACAGCCCCUCCACCCCCAUGGUUCAGCCCGGAUCUGGCGGCCAAGUUUUUUACCACGGGCCAACACCGACUCCAAAUGCGGGCUAUGCCCCAGGUUACCCAGCGGCCGGGGGACCCAUGCCGCCUCAACAGAACCCCGGCUAUCCUGGUCAGCCCUACAUGCCUCCAGGCCCUGGCUUCCAACCAGGCUGUGACCCUCAGAAUCCAGCAUACCCCCCUCCUAUAGGACCAGGCGGACCACCCCAGUACAAUGGCCCACCAACCAACCAGUACAAUGGCCCACCACCACCCAACCAGUACAAUGGCCCACCACCACCCAACCAGUACAAUCCUGCAGUUGGACCAGGCUACACUCCUGUAACAUACAGCGCUCCUCCCCCCAACCAAAUGGAUGCUCCUGCUGCUCCCCUUCUUACUCCACCCCAGCCUCAGGAUGGACAGCCCAUUGGUUCAGCUCCUCCAUCGGACAUCUUGCAUUCAUCCGGCACGGCCUCCCAGUUCCAGAUGGACUCAGGAAAGAACUUCAACUUCCUGUAGUCUUUCUGUAGCACACCAGACAGAUUACCAAGCACCCUCCACACUCUUAUAGAAAGGGCUUUUCAGCUUCUCACUGGGAGAACCUCUAAAGUUUCUACUUCAGGAGCCUUAAAGGUUUUUUCAUAAGUUCCUUGCUAGAAAGUGGAUCAUGCAAAAGAGUGUACCAGAGGGUCGCAAGAAGAUCUUUCUACUAAACAAGUUAGUCUUUUUUCUGAGGGUGUAACACUGGUUUCUUUCAUUUUAAGUGGGUCAAAGUGGUGGGGCUAUCUUAAGCUUUAUCCUUGUCAAGUCUUUUUUGUUUCAUUUGUCUGGGUUUUAUAUUAAGUGGCACAGAGUAGCUAAAAAAACUUGCCUUAUUCUAUUGAGGACAUACCAUAAUUUCAGAUUCACCUCAUAUUUGCUUCAGCCAAUAAGAGACAAGCAACACUUGUCAACCUCUCAGGACAGAUCAAGUGCUUUCAACCAAGCAGUAAGCUCAUUGACAGUGCAUUUUGUAUAUGGUUGUUCAUUCAUGUUACUAGGACCAAUUAUACACACCUGAACUGGAAUAUACAUUGUACAAAUGUUAUACUCCCAUUGCAACUGUUAUUACACAACAACAGGGUAGAUUUUUCGGAUUUGAGAUGAAUACAACAUAUACACGUAUAACAGUAUGUGAAGUCACAUCACUAUCUCCUUUAGUGCAGGAUCUGUGCCUUCAUCUGAUGAUGCCAACAGAUGUUUAAGCUUCUAGAUUCCCACUAACUUUGCUUUUAUGACUGUUGUCCUGCUCAAGAAUGUCAUCCAGCCAGCAUGGAUAACUCAACAAGAAUUAUAACCACCUUAUGGUUUCUGUCAGACCAAAGUGGGCCUGCAACAAUGGCCAUCCCUGGGUGGUGCCUUCUCCACUUCAAACCUAGUCAACCAGGAGCUCCUACCCAGUCAGAACAAUCCAACUGGCGUGAAUGGUAUGUGGACCGUAAUGGACUAUAAAACAAAUAAUGUAAGUAAAGACACAGGAUGUUUUGGAGCAGCUUGGACUGGCAUCUCUGAACGUAUCAGACCAUUGCUGCUGACUACCCCAUGCCUCAUCUACACAUCACAGUCUAAACUGCUUCUUUAGGGACAGCUGCAGGCUGAAGACAACCAGGCUGUCUGCUGUCAACCAUGUUUUCAAAUGUUACCUUCUGAAAUGUCAUCAAUUCUUUGUAUGAAGAUGAGGGGAGGGGAAACACUGCCAAGGAAUGUCACCUUAACACCACCUUGGGAUUUUUACAGAACAGAUGGUCAGAUCUACCCUUUGACAGCCUCUCCUACUUGACUCACUUGUUGUUAUAUUGUUGCUGUGUGUUUUUCUAUUGAUUUAUGUUUCAGUGCAACUGAUUCAUUUUGGAGUGUGUAAACACCCUUUAUUGGCCUUCAUUCAAUUUAUAUUGGUCAUAUCAACAAAUAUUACAAAACACACUUGGUAAUUCCCCUAAAAGGUGUGACAUUUACAGGAUUUCAGCAGAAUUUUGUGCUUGAACUUCAGCACACUUCAUGUGAUUCAAAGAAACAGACUUGAUACAACAUGUAGUUUCAUAUGUAUUCCAUUUGAAGGACAAGUGUCAGUCUUCAUUUAGAAAACUAUUCAUAUCUUUAAUGUAUUAUAGAGUCAGCAGUUCUGUGUAUCAUAGUAGACUAGUGUGUCCAUAGAUUAUAGUGUGUUUACUGUAAGCACUGUUUAGCUUUGUAUGUUUUAAGCCAAGCUGUAACUAGAUGACAAGUUAUGCACAUAUGAAAACCCUUGGAUUUUAUGCCAUAUCAUAAGACAUAUGGAAUGUCAUGUAAUGUAUUUUUUUUCCAAUGAAUGCAUUCAUUGUAAUGUGUUUUACUGCACAUAAUAUUAAAUCAAUACUGAAACCAA